AUGUGUUCAUGCAAUAAGUGGUUGUGUAGGAGGUAUCUCUCUCUCCCUCUCUCUUGUCGUCUCUCUCUCUCUCCCUCUCUCUUGUCGUCUCUCUCUCUCUCCCUCUCUCUUGUCGUCUCUCUCUCUCUCCUCUCUCUUGUCGCUCUCUCUCUCCCCUCUCUCUUGUCGUCUCUCUCUCUCUCUCCCUCUCUCUUGUCGUCUCUCUCUCUCUCCCUCUCUCUUGUCGUCUCUCUCUCUCUCCCUCUCUCUUGUCGUCUCUCUCUCUCUCUCUCCCUCUCUUGUCGUCUCUCUCUCUCUCUCUCCCUCUCUCGUCUCUCUCUCUCUCUCUCCUCUCUCUCUCUCUCUCUCUCUUGUCGUCUCUCUCUCUCUCUCUUGUCGUCUCUCUCUCUCUCCCUCUCUCUUGUCGUCUCUCUCUCUCUCCCUCUCUCUUGUCGUCUCUCUCUCUCCCCUCUCUCUUGUCGUCUCUCUCUCUCCCUCUCUCUCUUGUCGUCUCUCUCUCCCUCUCUCUCUCUUGUCUCUCUCUCUCUCUCUCUCUCUUCUCUCUUCUCUCUCUCCCUCUCUCUCUCUCUCUCUCCCCUCUCUUGUCGUCUCUCUCUCUCCCUCUCUCUUGUCGUCCUCUCUCUCUCCCUCUCUUGUCGUCUCUCUCUCCUCUCCCUCUCUUGUCGUCUCUCUCUCUCUCUCCCUCUCUCUUGUCGUCUCUCUCUCUCCUCUCUCUUGUCCCUCUCUCUCCUCUCUCUGUCUCUCUCUCUCUCCCCUCUCUCUUUGUCUCUCUCUCUCCCCUCUCUCUUGUCGUCUCUCUCUCUCUCCCUCUCUCUUGUUGUCUCUCUCUCUCUCUCUCUUGUCGUCUCUCUCUCUCGUCGUCUAUCUCUCUCUCUCGUCGUCCCUCUCCCUCUCUCUCUCUCUCUUGUCGUCCCCCUCUCUCUCGCCGUCUCUCUCACCAUACUUAGUUGGUACAUUCACAACACAAUAUCUGAGCAUCAGAUACUUAUGCAGAUCCACCCUGGGGAUAGCCCAAUGCCCUCAAACCCUUCCCACGCCACACUGACCAUAGAAAGGCAGGACCCUCAGACACAGGCAAAAGAAGUUAAACGGUUCAAAUGCAGCUUCACAGGUUGUACACGUACUUACAGUACUGCGGGUAAUUUAAAAACACACCAAAAAACUCACAAAGGAGAAUAUCACUUUGUUUGCAACCAGGAAGGUUGUGGUAAGACGUUUCUGACCUCCUAUAGCCUCAAAAUACAUGUCAGAGUUCACACAAAAGAAAAACCUUAUGAAUGUGAUAUAAUUGGCUGUGCAAAAGCUUUUAAUACAUUGUACAGAUUACGUGCCCACCAACGUCUUCACACGGGGGACACUUUCAACUGUGAUGAAGAUGGCUGCACUAAAUACUUCACAACCCUCAGUGACCUUCGCAAACACAUUCGAACGCACACCGGGGAGCGGCCUUACAAAUGUGGUGAAAAUGGAUGUGGAAAAGCAUUUGCAGCCAGUCACCACUUAAAAACCCACACUCGGACACACACUGGUGAAAAACCGUUUACAUGCCAACAGGAUGGAUGUCGACGUUCUUUUACAACCCAGUACAGCCUGAAAACGCACAAAAAUCGUCACGAUAAAGGAUUAAGUUCCAGGGACAGUCCAGAGAAAUCGGGUGAUUCUCUGUCUGGUUUGCCAUCAGACUUCUGUGAUAAUUCUAAUGAGAGCACCAUAUGCUCCCAGCCCAAUCUGUGUGUCUUAGAACGAGUUGCUCCUUCAGCAACUGACUCGAACAUACUACAUGAACCCUCAUCAACCAUGUUGCCUACUGAUACAGAAAUGCCUGUGUCUGCAAGUGGCACCAGUGAGGAGACAGCCUCUUUGACUGCUGAACAAAUUCUAAAUUCCUUGUGUAUACAACAACCGACCAUGCUUGAUGCCAAUCAACCCAACAGCAUUGCUGAUAACAACACAGCAGCAUUAAAUUUGACUGGUCUUGGUGUUCAAGAAAUUGUUCAGCUGUCAAAUGCUGUUGAUGUGCCUGACAACACACCAUUAACUAUGCAUCCUUACAUCAUCUCUGCGGCCGUUUCCAGUCCAAGUGUGCCUUUGCUGACUAGUAAUUCUUCCUCGCAUGUCCUGCAAUCACAGCCUUCUACUUCUGCUGACAAAAUAGGAGUCCACCUUUCACAUAUUGCAUCGACACCUUUGCAAGCAGCCUCCGUCUCCAUGGAAACAUCUGACCAACAGAAUGCUGCUUCCUCCCUCUCUUCGUCACCAAUGGUUGCCUCUUCUGUUCCUCUAGCUGCUGAUGCCAGUUGUGCAUCUUCAUCAACCCUAAUACCACCGGCUUCCCUGCCUGCUGUUGCUCUGUCCAUUCCGGAUACAAAUACCCACUGUCAUGAAAAUCCAAAUGCCAGUACCACCCAUAGCAGAGCAGAAAACAAGAUGGAGGUGGUUGCCACACUUUUGCCAUCAACCCGAGUGGUCCCAGCUGCAGCAGCAGGCUCCAUCUUACCUACACUCUCAUUGACUGACUGUACUGUAGGACUGGUCAGAGGCCUUGAAUCAGACAUGACCACUGCUACAGUCUUGCCUGUGAUAAUGGCACCUUCUUUGCUGGCAGAGUCUAGCCAAAAUGCUAAUGAAGCUGGUAUAGCAAGUGGGGUCCCAGAAGCAGUUCCCAACAGAUGCUGCCCUGGUGGUGAUGGGGGAAGUGCCGAGUCUCACCAUCCCAACCCUGCUAAAGAUUGUCUGCCAGUGGAUGAUGUGACAAACAGGGUUACACACCCUAGUGCUGCUGAGCAAGCUGCAACCAAAGACCUAGCUGGUGUGGGGUCUGCAUCCCAGCCAGUUGAGGUUGUCCCAACCCUUUUGCUGCCGACGUCAACUCUACAGAAUAGCAGCCUGCAGGCAAAUGUGAAUGUCGAUCUUUCCAACAAACUAUUAAACAGUAAUUUAAACACAAUCUGUUGCAUCCAGCCUUUUAAUAGUGUUGGAAUGACAUGCUCAGAAGCAAGCCGUGGAACGUUUAUACAUUGUAUUCCCAUCAGCCAAAAUCCCAUUUCAACAGAUCCAAGCCCCACCCGAGUUUCCAGUCCCCUGUUCACAUCAGUUCAGCAACAUUAG